ACCCAUUGCCAUCUCGGGCGCCAAGACUUGAUUGAUGGCUGCGUACACGUGGGCCGCCCGUUCGAAACCGUGGCCCGUCGCGCUUCAUACUUCGCGGUCAGCGACUCAGCGGCAUGCUCGGGUCCGAUGGUUCCCGUCUCCGACACCGCACUGCUCACAACUUCGACACCACUUCCGACUCCGUCGCCAGGUCCGCCGCCGGCGAGAGCGCCGCAGUCGCUAGCUCCGUAUGCAGGGUUAGAGUAUACAGCUGCAGCGGCGGGUGCUCCUGCCGGUACCGAGUGAGUGUGAGACGGCGGAAGCUCCACGUCCAGCGGCGUGCCCCUCCGUCUUCCGUCACUCCAGAUCCGAGGCAGUUCACUGCUGGGACGCAGUCAGAGCUGUUCGGUGGAGCUGACAGGUUUUUGAGAAGAGGAAUAUAAUCAUGGUUAUCAUGCAGAGCAGUGACUCUUCACAUAAUGGUUCACAUAAUGGAAUUGUAGAAAAUAGUCCGUACAGAAUUCCAUAUGACAGACAUGCAGAAGGUGAUCAACUUGGUGCUUCAUGGUAUUUUAGUAGAAAAGAAAUAGAGGAGAAUUCCGUAUCGAGGAGGGACGGCAUUGAUCUGAAGAAAGAGUCUUAUCUUCGCAAGUCAUAUUGCACAUUUCUGCAGGAUUUGGGGAUGAGGCUUAAAGUGCCUCAAGUGACAAUUGCUACUGCUAUAGUGUUCUGUCAUCGGUUUUUUCUUCGUCAAUCUCAUGCGAAAAAUGACAGACGGACAAUUGCAACAGUAUGUAUGUUCUUGGCGGGAAAAGUUGAAGAAACACCCAGACCUCUGAAGGAUGUCAUACUUCUUUCAUACGAGAUCAUCCACAAAAAGGAUCCUGCUGCAGUUCAACGAAUAAAACAUAAGGAAGUAUAUGAACAACAGAAGGAACUUAUUUUACUUGGGGAACGUGUUGUUCUUGUAACACUUGGUUUUGAUUUUAAUGUGAACCAUCCUUACAAGCCCUUGGUUGAAGCAAUAAAAAAAUUUGAGGUUGCUCAAAAUGCACUUGCGCAAGUUGCCUGGAAUUUUGUCAAUGAUGGGCUCCGCACUUCACUUUGCCUGCAAUUUAAACCGCACCAUAUUGCGGCUGGCGCAAUCUUCCUGGCUGCGAAGUUUCUUAAAGUCAAGCUUCCAUCAGAUGGCGAGAAGGUCUGGUGGCAAGAGUUUGAUGUAACUCCGCGGCAGUUGGAAGAGGUUAGCAACCAGAUGUUGGAACUCUAUGAGCAGAACCGUGUUCAACCACCACCAUCACAAGGUAAUGAUACUGAAGGCAGUUCUGUAACUGCUGUGAAUCAACGUGCUCUGGGUAAAGUUCCAGGAGUAGUUGAUGAACCUCCUGCCCAUGAACAUAACCAAGCAACCAGGCAAUCGAGCCAGCAGAACAUGUCAGGCCACCAUGGCUAUGAUCACCCUCAUCCGGAGAAGCGAAACUAUAGGGUACCCCCAAAUGAAGCAAGGGAUGACAGUGCUAACAGCAGCGAGGGUCCCAACGUGUCAGCCUCGAUGAUGGAUGCAAUGAAAAAGAUAAACAAGGAUAAGGUGAAAGCGGCCCUGGAGAAGCGGAGAUCAAAAGGUGACCUUUCGAGAAAGGUUGAUGUGAUGGAUGAUGAUGACCUCAUUGAGAGGGAGCUGGAACAUGGCGUGGAGUUGGCGGUUGAGGAUGAGAAGGUCAAGCAGGAGAGAAGGCAGAGCUGGCCUCAUCCUUCACACCGUGUAGACCACCGGAGCACCGACCGUGAGAAUACCGAAGAGGGUGAGCUAUCCAUGGACAGUCAGGAACACCAUUCUCCGGAGCAUGACAAUCGGAAGAGAAAGGAUGCGCAUGAGCACCGGAACUAUGAUCGUGAUGAAAGGGACCUUAAAAGGCUAAGGUCAUGAGCAUCACACAUCCUGUGGGAGUCUCGUGUUGUUUGGGCUGUAACAUGACGUUGAUAUGCUUAUUUGGUGUGCUGGGGGAUUUGGACUGUUACAUACAAGUUAAGAUGGUUUCCCCACGGAUCAUGUUUGUGUUAGUCCAUGUUGGCAAUUGAGAUGGCGCUGUGACUUGAGUAUUGCAAACAGUAAGGAAGCGGCAUCCGACGGCUAUCUGAAGUGUGUAUUUGAUUCCAAGGUUACCUGAACCCUAAUGGAAGCAUGCGAUUUUAUUAUUCGCCCGUCUAUCUUGGUACUGGGGAGGAGAUCGUGCAUAGACUAAUUGUUGAUUUUUUAUGCCAUGUAAUGUCCAUGCUCUCUACCUAAAUUAUGGAUUGUUUUGGCCUUUUAGAUACACAGUUUUUAUUAUACGUUCAUAUAUAGGUAAAAACAUAUCUAGAAAAGUAAAAAAAAGUGUAGCAUGCAGUGCCGUUCGUUUGCCCGGUCUACGUGGGCAUGCAGUAUACCACCUAUUUUGUCGCA